CAGUAACUCAAUACCGGUUAAUACUGAAGACUCUAUUGCAAAGCAAUGGCUCUUCGAGCCUACAAAAAAAAUAAGUAGUGAGGAUCUGAAUACAUUGUAUAAAAAAGAAGCCAGAAGAGAUGAAAGAAAUAAAGCGAAGAUGACUUGCCUAUUAGCUACUACUUAG